AUGUCUUUAUGGGCCUCUGGACCAAGGAGUGAUCUUCCUUUUCUACCCAACUUUUCGCAAUUAUCUGAUAGAGUAUGGCGAGUCAUGGGCCUGAAUCCUGGAAAAUUCACCCUUCAAGGAACAAAUACUUAUCUUGUGGGUACUGGCAAUCGCAAAGUAUUGAUUGAUUGUGGUGAUGGUCAUCCUGACUAUGUACCACUCUUAAUUGAGUCUCUUAAAUCCAUUCAUCCUGAAGCAUAUCUCUCUGAUAUUCUUAUCAGUCAUUGCCAUAAAGAUCAUUGGGGUGGUUUAGACAGCAUUAUGGUAUCCGAAUUAAACAAACAACAGACGAUUCAAGUGCAUAAAUUCCCCUUUUUGGCUGAAAACAAACUCUUCAAGUACUUUAUGGGCACAUUUCCAGCUUCUGUUGUCCCUCAUGAUUUAGUAGACAAUCAAGUAUUUGUUGUAGAUGAACAGGUCCAUAUCCGAGUUAUUCAUACACCUGGUCAUGCUAAAGAUCAUUGUGCCUUUUAUCUUGAAGAAGAAGAUACUGUGUUCACAGCGGAUUGUAUCUUGGGUCAUGGAUCUGUUGCAUUUGAAGACCUUACAGAAUACAUGAGCAGUUUAAAUCGAAUUAGAAGUUUGAAUCCUAGUCGCCUGUAUCCUGGCCAUGGUCAAGUAGUAGAAGAUGCGAUUGAUAAAGUAGACCAGUACUUAUCUAUGAGAAUAGCCAAAGAAAAACAGAUCAUAGAUGUCAUGCUUAGAACAAAACAACCCAUGACACCUGAAGAUAUAGUUCAAGCCAUGGAUAACAAAAAAGAAUACCAUAAACACUUGAUGACUGUGGUUGUGCGUAACGUGGGAUUACACCUUAUCAAACUGUAUUUUGAUGGGAAAGUAGAAAUGAUAGACGCUGAAUUAUUUCAACAAAAAACGGGUGAAGACCCAUACGAUAAUAACAAUAUCUAUAGUAUCUUGGAUCAGAAAUGGCAUUACAUUGGACCAGAGAAACAUAAAUUAUAA